UUUAUUUGAAAAGUAAAACUUCCCAGUUGUCAUAAAAAAGAAAGAUCCUUCUCCUUCGUUUUCAGUGAAAGAACGCAAACAGAUUAUAGCACUUGUGUAAAGCAAAGAACGACGUCUCUGAACUAUUUUCUUUCCUCAUUUCCUCUCCUAUAAUUCUAUAAACCCAUUCUCUGCGAACAACCCACGAGCAAUCAUCUCUCAAUUCUUGAUUUUCCGCUCAGAUUUAGCAUUUCUACUUGGGAAUGCGAUGCGAUUAUUGAAGAGGAUCGCGGGAUUUCUUGGGUUUGUUAAAGACGAGGGUGCCCACGAAGUGAAAGACCAACAAGCAGAAGAAGAUGAUGAUCAUCGUAACAACCACCACGAACACCAACCCCGUUUUUCUUCCAAUUAUCAAGAAACUGGGCCCCGUAAAGGCUUCAGCGUUCCCGUUAAGGUCGCCGUCGACCGCCACCAGCUCGGCCCAGUUCUUGUCCCUUCUAUCUCUGGCGAUGGAGGCGUUCAGGGUCUGAGAUGGCAUGCAAAGCGCCUCAAGAUAGAUGAAGAUGGUGACGUGGCAGAUGAAUUCCUUGAAGAGGUUUUACCAGAGACAUCAUCCUGUGUUGAUGACCACCAUAAACCAUUGCCGAGGUUUGAAGUGAAGUAUAGUGCCCAACCUGCAAAAAUCAAGAACCAGGUGAUUUCCCAUGAUGGAAAAUUCCAAGUGUGUGUAGAAUAUCAAGGUAGAUUACAAUGGGUGUGAUGUAUUUUGACAUCAAAGUUGAGGUUUGUGGGUUGGGUUUCACUCUUAAGUCUAUAGCACAAGUAUUAUAUUGUUGGCUCGUGCAAGCUAAUUCUUUUAGAUCAGAUUUGUGGUUUUCCAAUGUGGCAUGAAAUGAACUGUUGUAACAAUGCACCCAAAUUGUAUUAGUAUCUGCAUUGCAUAGGCUUUUUACGCUAUUGGUUUUACUAGAAGAUUUUGAUUUAAGACUGCUUGUUCUGAUUAUCAGAUACAAUUGGAGGGAUGGAAAUUGUUUUCAAAACCUGAUUUGAUUCA